CACCUCACUAGCCGCACUACGCAAGCUUUGUCGGAAUUGAUCAACCACCUCCGCAAUGCCUGGUAAAGCCAAACUCUCUGAUUUUCUCUCCACACGAGUGUCUUCAGAUGAUGAGAUGCUGCGGUUAAUAAGGUACAUCUUUGGUGUCAUAUUUCAAGUUUGUUUCGUUUUCGUACCUUCAACAUCUCCAGAGAAAACACACCUCCGAAGCUGAAUGGAUGGCUACGCAUUCUUCCCGAGUACGUCUUACUUUAUUUUUGUGCUUACGUAGUGAUUAUGAUGCUAAAAUGCGCAGGUCUUGGAAAGACCACUGGUUCACGCGUCCUCCUGAAGUUAGAUCAUUGUAUUACCAGAAGUUGAUUCGCUGGUCUAGUUUCUUGGCAUAUCAUCGCUCUGGAUGCACCCAGGGUCUUCCAUUUGGGUUAUAUGCAAAAUGGGGGGAUGUUCGACGACGCCGAUCUGAAGCCCUUGCCACCAUGUAUGUUGCCGCAACCACGACAAUACCGGUUCCCAUCGUCUUGGAUCUCGUCCCUCAUCCUCGAGGCUCAUUGAUUAUCAUGACACGGCUACCAGGAAAAGACAUCAUGGAUGCCCUUGAUCGCGGUACGGUAAAGCCGCGAGAAUUUGAGGAUAAAAUAAGGGACUGGUUGGGACAGUUACAUGCGCUCCCUACGCCAGAUCGUCGCGCGGUAUGCAGCUUUGACGGUAGUCCAUGCAUAUGUUUUCGAGUUCAACAGGAUGGCGAUGCCUUCGGUCCUUAUCCCGAUAUAUCCUCUUUCCAGCAAGGACUGUACACCAGCAUAGCAUACGAACACCACCCGAGGCUACAAGAGAUCGGGAAGAAGUCUUAUGCAAAGCGUCAUAGGAUAAGCUUUGCUCACGGCGAUAUUCAUCUUAAUAACAUCUUAGUACAUCACGGAAAGUUAUCUGGUUUGGUGGACUUCGAAUGUGCAGGUUGGUACCCAGAGUAUUGGGACUUCGUUGUUGCAUACUACAUGGGCCAGGGUGUUGAGAAGUGGAAAGAAACCCUGAAGAAGAUAUUUCCCCAGUAUUCAGAGGAGCUUGAGUUGGAGAAGGAGAUGUGGCCAGUACAUAUGGAGUUCGCUCGCUGGAAGACAAUUCGUCGGUACUUCUAAAGACAGAGGUAGCCAACGAAGGUCAAAGUAUUGAGAAGUAGUACUAGUGGCAUUUAGAAUCAGCAAACCUGAGAAGGUUAUACAACAGCUAUAGCACUAUGGACACGUCACGUUCUGUUGAGAAUGAGUCCCCCUUCAAGAUACGAGAGGUUGGUUCUAGGAGCCUGAUGUUAUACAGCUAUGCCCUUCUUCGGCUGCACCUUCUCAGUUGCGUUGAGUCCGUUGUAUUUAGGGCAUAGUUGGUCCCAGUCAG